CACCACACCGUUAUUAAUCUUGUUGACUGAGCCUUUGUCUUAUUGUAGUCCUUUGUACCGAGACAUAAGACUUUCCGGAUAUUCUUCCGCUUGUUGACGUAGGCGUGAAUUGCCUCAAUGCAGAAGUGACUGUUUUUCAGUCAUUAAUAGUUUGCUCUCAAGUUUCACGGGAUGAUAUUGGACAAUACUGCAUAAAACUGUUAAACCCAAUCUUGUCAGAAUGAACACUUAAACAGAGAAAAAAACCUGAAUCUGUUCACUUCGGAAUUUAUUAACUGAGUAAAUAUGAAAGAUUACUGUGAUCACCAGGAACACAAACGGGCUUCAUCUUCCUCCCUACAGGAGUCUGAAGUAAAACUCCGCAGGAAAGAAAGAGUGCCGAAAUGUUGUGUAGUGGGAGACGGAGGCACGGGGAAGACCAGUAUGAUGAUGAAGUACACACUGGGGAAAAUUCUCUCCGACUACCAACCAACCUGCUUUGAAAAUUACACAAUUGAUGUACGGGAUGGAGAGAAUACACAUCAACUUUGUGUGCUAGACACUGCUGGCCAGGAAACAUAUGAUCGACUUCGAACGUUGGCAUACUCCGAUACAGAUGUGUUUGUUGUUUGUUUCUCAGUAUAUGACAGUGACUCGUUUGAAAAUGUUAAACAGAAGUGGAUUCCAGAAAUUAAACAAUUUAAACCUGACACCCCGUUUUUCAUUGUGGGGACACACACGGACCUACGUCAUUCCGUGGUAGACAUUACAGACGAUUGUAUCAGUACGUCUAAAGGGAAGAAGUGUGCCAAGAAGUGGGGAGCUAUCAAGUAUCUAGAGUGCAGCUCGAUAGAUGGGUCAGGGCUUGAUGAAGUGUUCCAGUUAGCAUACUCAGCAACAGUUUCUCCGAAAAAGAAACGACAAACAUGGAAAAAUUUCAAAGACGCUUUUAGAAGACGCACCAUGAAGUUUUAGUGCAAUAUAAGUACGAAUUGUUUAUUGAUAUGUUGCCAUUAUACAGAUUUUAUAUAUUUUGAUUGUUUCCAUUUAUUGUUGUGCCAGUGCGACAAUGUCUAUGGUACCAGUGCUAUUUUACGAAAUCCACAAAUAAAGCAAAUUAAAUUGUCUGUUAAUUUUGAAAUAAAAACUGUUUUGAAAAAAAUAUCU